GAACCGAUAACCGUGAGAGUUCUGUUAAUAUCUUGGGUUUCAUAAACAAUAAUUUUAAUAAUAAACUGCUUAUAACUGAUAGUGUAAAAUCAAUACUUCUAGGAAAAUCACUGUGCCGGGUAUUGUUUAUAUUAACCAGUACGACGUGUUAUUCGAUUUACUUUCUAUGCCCGGUAGUAUAUGAAUCGUACGACUUAUAUAUAAUUAAAUUUUUUCUAUGUACAAAUAAUUAUUUAAUAAAUUAUUGUCUAGAGAACCGUCAUGGCGAAUCCAAAGAGUUUUCUACACGAAUGGUGUGCAAAAAACAGUCUGGAGCCAGUGUUUGAUAUUAAAGAAGCUGGUAAAAUUAUAUGAUAUUUAAUUGAUUUUGUUUCAUUUAAAAUUAAAAUAAAUACUACCUAGGUAUACUAUUAUAUUAAAAUUAUAUAGUGUGUUGUAUUUUAGAAAUACAACUUGCAACCUUACUAUAAUGAUACAUAGAUGAGAUAUUAAUGACAAUUAAUUUAAUAAAUGUUUUGAAAACUCAUCUAAAAUAAUACACAAAUGGAUUAAAAAUAAGUAGUUAUAAAAAGGAAUAUUAAGAGUUUAAUUUUGUAAACGAGACAGAAAGAAAUAGAAUUAUUGAAACAGUUAGGUGUAGACGUACACUUGAUGAAAAAGUUGAGAUUCAAGGUUUUAGGUUCACUUUUUGCAUGAAGACACAGUGAGAUAAAUGAAAUGUGGCUGAUUAAAAUUUUAAGCACAAAAAUAAUAUGUGACAAAUAUUUUACAUUUAAAGUUAAGGGUAAAUUCUAUAAAACAGUGGGAUCACAAAUGUUCUAUGAAUUAAAGUUUUGAAAAUUAUUUCAUCAAUUGUAACUACCAAGUAUUUUUAAAUUAUAUUAUUAUUAAAAAAUAUUAAAUUAUUAUAUUUUUAGGAUCAAAACAUAGUUUACGUUUUAAAUGUGAAGUCACCGUGUCAGGAUAUAAUUACAUUGGUGUAGGAAAUUCAACUAAUAAAAAAGAUGCUCAAGGAAAUGCAUCAAAAGAUUUUCUUUCAUUCUUAACACGCCAAGGAUUAAUAGCAUCUGAUAUAUUAUCACUUGUGAGUUAAUUUCCUAUUUAAAUUUAUUUUAAAAUAAUUAUUUAUAAAUCUAAUUUUAUCAGAAUAUUAUGAAUCACGCGAGAAAUAUCGAACAACCACCACAAAGAUUGAUGACAAACACACCACAAAAAUCUGUUUAUCAACAUGGAGAAACUCCUAAUAUGCUGGGUGAAGCAUACCGACCAAUUGGACAAAAAGAGUUUGAGUUUAAAGAAUUUUUGAAUGAAAAAAAAGUUGAAGAAGUGAGAUAUUUAAAAUUAAAUAAGUAUUAAAUUUUCUUAACAUAAAUUUGUAUCAUAAUUUUGUCAUUUUAUUUAUAGGCUGAAAAUUUGGAUGUAAAUGCUUCUAUCCACGGAAAUUGGACAAUAGAUAAUGCAAAAUCGCGUUUAAAUCAAUUUAUACAAUCUAAUAAGUUAAAAAAUAUUGAUUACAAGUAUUCUUUUAUGGGAAAGUGAGUAAAUUACUAAAGUACACAACAGCAUAAAUGUUUUUAAAAUUUUACCACAUCUAAAGAAAGCAAUUAUAGGUUUUCUGUCAAAAUUUAAAUAUAGAUCCUUGGCUUCACUUUAAAUCUAAGAGAGUUAAUGCUGCUGAUGAGUGUGUCAAUUUUAUAGGUAGAAAUUGGGAGGGUAGAAUUUAUUAAGUCAUUUAAUUAAUAUUUGUUAGCAAUGAUAAACCAUUACAAAUGAAUUAACAUUCUGAGUGAAAUUUGAUUGUACAUAUUUUGAAAUACCGUAAUUUUUAAGAUUUUCGUAUAAAUUUGUUCUUAAUAAGCAUAAAAAAAAAAUUACUACAUAAUGCUCAACUUUUUUUUACCACUUAGUACAACUUAUAAUGAAUCUCAUGUUACAUUUUCAAGCAUUCUAUCUACAUAAUAAAAUGUAAGUAAUACAUUUUUUUAAAUUUUUGUUCAAUUAUUAAGAAAAUUACAAAAAAUUUACUUUCUUACUUGUCAAUUAGACCAAAAAUUUAACAAAAUAAUUGUUGGUUUUCAUUAAAGCAUGAUUUUUGAUAGAAAUAUAAAUCGUACAAAUUAAAAAUAAUAAAAUUAAAACGCUUAAUUUAUCCCUAUUUCUAUUUUUAAUAUUUACUCCUGUCAACAAUUAUAAUUUAAUAGUUAAUAUAAAUAUAUUUUAUAAAUUUAUAUAAUUAUUGCAAAUUUUAAAUAAACACUAACGAGAUAAAUAUAUUAAAAACUAUUCACUUUCAGGAGUUUUGUAGCUGAAAUGUCAUUAUAUGUAGCUAAACUUGGAAGAAGUGAGUUUAUAUUUUUGAUAUAAAUCUAGUUUACGACCCAAGCUCGUUGUUUAAAUUUUUUUUUCUAAAUGUGUGUUUUUUUGCUUAUACAUUAAGAAUCUAGAAAAAAAAAUCGGACGAACUUCGUUUGGAAGUUAUAUGGGAAAACUUAAUGAAGGGUUUCGUAUAUUUCUUAGUGAAUAUUUAACAUUUUCAAAUUUUUUUUUUCAAAAUGUGAUUUUUAAUGCUUAAUCUAUUGGUAUGAAUAAAACUUACCUAUUAUACUUGUAUAGUUAUUGUACAUAAACCUUGAAAAAUAGUAUUUUUGGAAUCAAUCCAAAAUUUGGUCGUUUAUAUUAUUUUUAUGAUUUGUAGUUAUUGAUUUUAUGAUAACAACAUUUUUUUUAUUGAAGCCAAAAUAAGUUUAUCUGGCUUAGAUUUAGUGUUACAAACGUUCAAACCCUAGUGACCCCGCUAGGUCUCUAGGUGCACCCAAAAUGCUUUUUUAUUUUUCCCUAUUACCUACCUGAUGUGGUUUUGCAUUACAAAUCGAGGUUUAUUUUCGAUUAAAAUUGUAUGAGUGAGCACAGCAAAUCAUAACGUGUUUGAACAUUUGUAAAUCUAAAUCUAAGCUAGAUUCACUUGUUCUGACUUUAGUAAAGAAAAAAAUUGUUAUCAAAGUAUCAAUAAUUACAAAUCAUAAUAAUAAUAAAAACGAUCACAUUUUGGAUUAAUUCCAAAAAUGCUAUUUUCAGGGUUUAUGUACAAUAACUAUAAAAGUAAGUAUGAAAGAUAAGUUUUCAUUAUACCAAUAAAUAGAGCAUUAAAAAUCACACAUUUUAGAAAAAAAAAAAAAUUAUAAAAUGUUAAAUGCUUACUAAAAAAUAUGCGAAAUGGAAAACAUGAACUUCAUGAAGCUUUCCCUUAUAACUUACAAACGAAGUUCAUCAGAUUUUUUUUUAAGAUUCUUAAUAUACAGGCAAAAACAUACAUUUUGAAAAAACAAAAAUUUAAAAAUUAGAUUGGGUCGUAAACUAGAUUUGUUCCAUAUUUUCUUACAUAGUUAUAUGCAUUUUAUUUCAUUUUGUAUUUUUACAUAAUUCAUAAUUUUAUUCUUUUAUAUAGGUGUAACUGCACGUGAAAGUGGUUCAAAUAAGCAAUCAGCUUCUAAAAGUUGUGCACUUUCUCUUAUUCGUCAACUAUAUCACUUAAGAGUUAUUGAAGCAUUUUCUGGAUCUUUAAAAAAAAGUAUUUCAAAUAUAAUAGAAUCAUAUGAAGUUAAUAUUGACCCUUUGUUAUUGAACAAAGUGUAUAAUGUACUUGAAGAACUAAAUAUUAAACCUGUUAUCAUGGUAAAUUAAAUGGUUUAUGAUAAUAAGAUCAUUUGUCAAUAUGUAAUGCAUUGACAUUUUAUGUUCUACUUCAAUAAAUAAAUUUAAUUGGAUGAUUUUAUUAGAAUUAUACUUUGUGUAUUUAAUCACUAAUCAAUAUUUUGAAUAUUCUUUCAGAAUGUUUUUUUUGUUUUAUAAAUUAUUAUUUUUCUUCACCUUAAAUGUUAUUGUGUUAGGAUAGUUAUAUAAAUAAACUUUUUUUUUUUUUACUGAACAGCUAUAUAGUUUUUUAUUUGGUUUUAAGUUAAAUAAAAUUUAGAUUUUAAUACAUAGCACAAAUAUACAAAUAUCUUAAUAAUGCAGUAAAGUGCAUAAUAUUGGCAGAUGACCAACAAUUAUAAACCUAAAUCUUUAAUUGUAUAUUUUUUAGGAUGACACUGUUAUUAAUUCUGAAAUCACAUUAUCAUUAAUUUCUAACCAAGUACUUGCACAAUUUGAUGAAUCAAAAUCAUCAAAGUCACCAGGAGUCAUUCCGUGGUCACCAGUUCAACCCAAUUGGAACCCUUGGUUGGCCAUUAAUAUUGAUGAAGGACCACUAUCUACUGUAAGUUAGUUAUGAAUAAUUUAAAUUUAAAAAAAAAUAAACAGAAUAAAGAUAUUAAUUGUAGUAAUUGUUUUACUUUGCUGGAUAUUUUAACCUAAUAUACUAGGUGACACAAAUAUAUACUAUGUAUAUUUUUACACGAGUGUGUUCAAUAAUAAUUAUUAGGGAACGGAUUUGAAUGCAAAUUGCAUUUUUUUUUUAAUGUCAGAAAACAUUGCUUUCCAAGCUUAAAGUUCAUUUCAUACAUAAAGAAUUAAGAAAUGUAACUUUUUUUUUGAAUAUUUUUGCAUUUUAAGACUUUAUUAUAUUUUUAGAGCAUUUUUUGAUAUUUUUAGGACAUUUUUAUGUUUUUAAGUCAUUUUUGUAUAGGAAUGGAUAAAAUUCGGUAAAAAUGUAGAUUAACAUUCAUUCUAAAAAAAUAAAAAUAAAUAUUUCUUAUGUUUUACCGAUCGGAUAAACCCUGACUCCAGACAAAAUUAUUGUUGACACACAUAUAUACAUAUAUACAAGUAAAGAUAAGAUAAUCUAUUUAUCUAAAUUGUAAUUUUGUAUUACACUGUUGAGUUGAGUAAUUACUUCAUCAAAAUUAAUGUUUUUUAGGUCAUUUUUUGAUAUUAAAGCAAUUUUUUAAGGCAUUAAGUAGUAUUUUUUUAGGACAUUUUUCUUAUUUUUAUGACAUUAAAGUCCGUUCCCUAAUAAUUAUACUAAAAUUUAAAAAGGGUCAGAUAACUGCUAUUUUAUUGAUAGAUAACCAAAAAUUAAAAAUUAAAGUUCAUACUAUACAUUUUAAUAAUAUGUAUGUAAAAUUUUUGAAUAUAAUUUUGAUUGCAACUGGAUGGGUUUGCUAAGUAGCCGACCUUUCAAUUUUAUUUCACAAUGUCACCUACUGAAAAUUCUUUAAAAUAUCCUUUGUUUGGUAGAGUUUAAUUGAGUGCUAAUCUAUGUUACAUACAUUUAUAUAAUUUUGAGAAAAUAGUGUUAAAACAUUAUAUUUUGACAGAGUUAAUCAAAUUGAAUUGUUAACAGAAAAUAAAUGAAUCAAAAAUAAAGUAAAAAUGAGAAUGUUGAGAUAAUUUAAUAGAUUAUUUUAAAAGUGAAAACGUGUAUUAUUUAUUAUCUAUUAACUCUAUUUAACAAGAUUUGAAGUAUGUUAUUGCAUUUUAAAAUUUUCAUUGCUAUUUAUAGGCUACUUUAAAUGAAAUAAGUAGAGAAUUGAAAACAGAUUACAAUGCUAAAUUAAGUGAAGAUUUUAAAAAACAGCUUGAAAGUCGUAGUGAACUCCCAGCAUUUGCUAAAAGACAAGAAAUAUUAAAAAAAAUAAGAGAAAACUCAAUAGUAAUUAUUCAAGGAAGUACUGGCUGUGGUAAAACUACUCAGGUAAGUAAUAAUUAUUAAUUUAUAACGUUAAUUAUUAGUAUACUUAAGUGAUUUCUAUUUAAUACUAUAGAUUUUAUAAUACAUCAAUAGAAAACAAUAAUAAUAAUAAUUAAAUAUUUUAGGUUUGUCAAUUUAUACUUGAUGAAUAUUUGGAAAAUGGUGAAGGAGCAUAUUGUAAUAUAGUUUGUACACAGCCAAGAAAAAUAUCGGCCAUUUCAGUUGCUGAUAGGGUGGCUUUUGAAAGACAGGAGUCUGUAGGACUAAGUGUCGGUUAUAGUGUUAGAUUUGAUAGUAUAUUUCCUAGACCAUAUGGAGCAAUUAUGUUCUGUACAGUUGGUAAAUAUUUUUAUUAUUUAUAUUUAUAUUUUUUCAUACAAUAAUAAAAAAUUUAAAAAAACUGUUUAGGUGUAUUAUUGCGUAAAUUGGAAAAUGGUAUGCGUGGCAUAUCUCAUAUCAUUGUCGAUGAAAUACACGAGCGAGAUGUAAACUCUGAUUUUUUAAUGGUGGUUUUGAAAGAUAUGGUAUAUCAUUAUCCUGAACUCAGAGUGAUUUUUAUGUCUGCCACUAUAAAUACUAAUAUGUUCUCUAAUUAUUUCAACUGUUGUCCAGUUAUUGAUGUAGAAGGAAGAUGCUAUCCUGUGAAGGGUAAAUUCUUUAUUUAAAAUGUAAAUAAGUACAAAUAAUUGUAAUUUUUUUUUUUUUAUUUACAGAAUAUUUUUUGGAAGAUAUAGUGGAAGAAUUAGAUUAUCAGCCAAUUGUAGAUAUUAAAAGACGUAAAACUAAAGAAAAAGUUGAAGAAUCUGUAACAGAAGGACAAGAAAGUGAGGAGAAUUGUAAUUUAAUAGUACCUGUUUCUUAUUCUGAGUCUACCAGAGCUAGAGUGGCUAUGAUAAGUGAAAAAGAUGUUGAUUUUGGAAUUAUUGAAGCAAGUAUUCUUGUCAUGUUUAAUAUUAAUAUUUUCAACAAAUAUUAAAAAAAAAUUAAAUAUUAAAACUUAAUAUUAAUUUUUAAUUAUAUUUUUUGUUAAGGCAUUAUUAACAUACAUUGACAUGAAAAUGUGUAUACCUGGUGCAGUACUAAUAUUUUUACCAGGUUGGAAUUUAAUUUUUGCUUUACAAAAAUAUUUACUUGAAAAGCAAUUGUUUGGUAUGUAUUAUAAGUAUGAAUUAAAAGUAUUUACUUAUGCUUAUUAUGUUUUAUAUCAGGAUCUUCAAAAUUUUGCAUUUUACCACUUCAUUCACAACUUCCUUGUGCUGAUCAACGUAAAGUUUUUGAAAGUGUUCCUCCUGGAAUAAGGAAGGUAAAUUAUUUUUACAUGAAUGUUUAAAAUAUUUAAAUUUGUAAAGUGUGUUUUUCUGUUUGGUUAUUAAAAGUAAAAAGAAGUUUUAGAAUUAUUAUUUUUUUCAUCAUUUCAAUCAUAUUUUUAGGUGAUUUUGUCAACAAAUAUAGCGGAAACAUCAAUAACAAUAAAUGAUGUAGUAUUUGUAAUUAAUAAUUGCAAAGCAAAAAUAAAAUUAUUUACAACUCAUAAUAAUAUGACUCAUUACGCUACAGUUUGGGCGUCCAAAACUAAUAUGCAACAAAGAAAAGGACGAGCUGGUCGUGUUAAACCUGGUUACUGUUUCAAUUUAUGCACUAAGGUAGUUUCUUUGAUUUUCUAUGAUAGUGAAAAGAAAAAAUUAUGUAUUACAUAUUUUAAUGUAUUUGGAAUUGAAAGUAUAAAACUUAAUACAGUUUAUAAUGCAACAAUCUGUGGCUUGUUUCUAAAAAGGCCAAUCUCACUUUUUACAAUUUUCAGUAAUGAGGACUUUUAUUAGUUUUUGCACUUAAAAUUGAUUUAAAUAUUUUAUUUUCAAACAUCAAAUUUAAGUUUAAAGUGUAUCAAAAUUUAUAUGAUAGCUUUGUUAACUUAAUUUUGCCAAUAAGUGAGAUAGGACCUUUUAGAUCCAAGCCAUAGAAAUAUAAUAUAAUUAUUAAUAAAUAAAUGGUUUUCAACAUUUUUAUUUUGAAAAGCUUUAAAAUAAAUAACUUAAUUGAGUUGAAUAAUCCUUAAUAUUGAAAUUCAAAUAUUUGAUUUAAAUAAAUAUAUUCAGAGUGAUACAAAAUGUAUGUUACAUAUAUUGAUUAUACUAAUGAGAAAUAUGUAUAUUACAAAAGUUGUUGAAUUUCAAUAAAUAUCUAAAGUAAUUUGUGCAUUUUAUUUUUAUUUGUUUACUGUCUUUCGAGAGGGUUUUAGAGGUCAACUUCUAAAAUUCAAAUUGAAACCUAUACUCAUAAUUACACAAUUUGAUGAAAUAUUAGUUUACAUAAUACAUUUUAGUGUUGAAAUGUUUGAUUUCCUUCAACAUAUUACCUAGAUAUUCCACUUUUUAUUUUAGUUAGGGAAGAUUAAUGGAACAAUAUUCCAACACCCUGCACCGUGUCACUACACAACUGUAUAGUGUUCCACUAUUCCCUUACGCAAACUAAAAAGGGGAAUAUUUUAUCAACUAACACUCCAUCUAUUUAUAGAAUUUUGAAUAAGGAUUCUCAUUUGAAUUUCAAAAGUUGACCCCUCAAAAUUUCCAUAAAAAAAAAUGUUUAUGAAUCAAAAAACUUGAGUUAACUCAACUAUAACUUGUGUUAUAUAUUUUUAUCUAUUUUUAAUAUUUAUAUGAUAAAAUAGCUUUGACAUAAAUUUUUUAUUACUACAUAUAUUUAAUUCUAUUGUUUUUAUAAUAUUUUAAUUAAAUAUUGAAUUUUAUAGGCACGUUAUGAAAAAAUGGAUGACCAUAUUACACCAGAAAUUUUCCGUACACCUCUACAUGAAAUUUCAUUAUGUAUUAAAUUGUUAAAACUUGGGGAUAUAGGGCAAUUUCUUAGUAAGGCUAUUGAACCGCCUCCUAUUGAUGCUGUAAUUGAGGCCCAAGUGAUGCUUAAAGGUAAAAUGCUGUUACUGUGAUAUUAAAAUAAUAAAAAUUAAUAAUUGUUGUAUAUUAUAAACAAAGUAAAAGAUGAAGAGUUACAUGCACAAAACACAAUUAUUUGUACUCUUCUACUGAAAUACAAAAAGAUUAUAUUUUAUUUAUAUUUGUAAAAAUUAUAUUGUAAUUUUAUAUUAUUUAAAAUAAUAUAUAAUAAUUGUAGAAAUGAAAUGUCUUGAUAUAAAUGAAGAGUUGACUCCACUUGGCCGUAUUUUAGCAAAAUUACCUAUAGAACCACAGAUUGGUCGUAUGAUGGUAUUGGGAAAUAUUUUAUUGCUGGGCGAUUCUCUAUCCAUCGUAGCUGCGACUUGUUCAAAUAUGGCAGAUAUAUUUGUAUUUGGUAUGUUAUUGUCAAGUUAUUACUUUUAUAUAUUUAUAUUUCCUUGUUUAUAGACCAUAGAAUGACACAAGCACAGCGUGCUUUUUCUGGCAACCGUUGUUCAGAUCAUUUAACUAUAUUAAAUGCCUUCAAUCAAUGGUCAUCUUUAUUUCGUCGUGAUAUUGAUACAACAGAUUACUGUGAUCGUAAAAUGUUGUCUCAACCUUCAUUAGUUACAAUUGCAGAUAUUGCGGUAAUAUAUUGUAGUUAUUCAUUGUUUGAAACAAUUUGUAAUUGUAUAAUAUUGUUUUUAUUGUUUUAAACCUACAUUUUUUUUUUUAUUAGGAACAAAUAAAAGAUUUAUUCAUUAAGAUUGGAUUCCCUGAAGAAUGUUUUGAAAAACAAAAUUUUGAUUUUGGAAGAAAUGGAAAUUAUGAUGAACCAAUGUUGGAUAUGAUAUCUGCAAUUUUACCUAUGGGCUUUUAUCCUAAUGUGUGUUACCAUAAAGAAAAACGAAAGGUUAUUUAUUGUUUCUAUUCUUAUCUGAUUAUUCUAUUAAUUUGUCUUAAUCAAGAUUUUCUUUAAAUACUUUGAAAUUGAUCAUCUUGAAAAUAUUAUAUUUAUUUCAUUGAAUGCUUGUUGUUUACUCUAGAAUAAACAACUAAUUGAUUUACUUGAUUAAAAAUGUAUACAGAAUAUUUUUACUUGUGUUUGGAAUAUGUAGAAUUUAUUUACUUAUAAUUGUGUUUCAGUACUUUGAUUUCUGUUUGUAAUUUACUAUUUAUUCCUAUUAUAAGCAUUUUAUUUUUUAAUUUAAUUAAUCUUAUUAAAUAUUUGUUUUAUAUACUUUUAGGUGUAUACUACAGAAGGAAAAGCUGCUCUUAUUCAUAAGACAUCUGUUAAUUGUUUAAAUACCAUAGAACAUUUCCAAUCGCCGUUCUUUGUGUUCACUGAGAAGGUACAUUAUUAAUUUUGAGUCUUAUUUAUUUGUUUAAAAUUUAAAAUAUUGGAUUUAUAAUAUAUAAGCCAUUGUAAAAAAUCUGUAUUUAAUUUUUUAAUGAUCAUGAUUUUUUAACAAAAAAAAAAACACAACUUGUAUUAGUUUAGUGUUUUCUUAUGCAAUAUUAUUGUUUAUUUUUUAGGUACGUACCAGGGCUGUGGCUUGCAAACAAAUGUCUAUGGUAACCCCUAUUCAUCUUCUAUUAUUUGGUGCCCGUAAAAUUGAGUAUACUAAUGAUAAGGUCCAACUAGAUAAUUGGUACGUACAAUUAUUUAUCAAGAAGUGUAUUUAUAAUAAUAAAAAUACUUAGUACUAACUUAUGUUAGCUAAUUUGAACUAUUGGUUCUAAAAUAUAAAAUACAAAUAAUUUAAGAAAAAUGUUAUUAAAAAAAUUAUAAUUUUAGAUUUUUUAACAAGAGGUUCUUUGAUAAAAAAAUGCUAAUUGUAAUAAUAUUAUGAUUGUUUUCUAUAGGAUAAGUUUAAAAAUGGAUGUUAAGACAGCUUCUGCUAUUGUAGCUCUAAGACCUGCCAUUGAAAGUUUAAUUGUUCGUGUAUCCGAAUCGCCACAUCAAAUAUCAACAUUAAAUGAGGCCGAUAUCAAACUAAUAGAUGUUUUAAAAGAAUUGUGUAACUUCAAUGCUGGUAGAUACAAUCUUUCUCCAAUAUCAUUUGAUAAAGGGUAAGAUAAAAAUUUCAUAUUUUGUUAAUAAAAUGAAUUAAAAGAUAAAAUAAAAUGUUUUUACCCACAGAUUUAGACAUCAAUUACAGUAUAAAAGAAAGUACGAGGUUCCUGAAAGUGAAAAUAAUUCUUCAAGUCCUGAGAGUCCUAAUAAAAGACAAUUUAAUCAAAGUUACUAUCCUAAUAAUAAUUUUGGUAGAGGAAAUUAUAACCGAGGAAGAGGUCAACGUUAUCAUUCUUCAUUUACUAGUAGAAAUCAAAGAGGUCAUUUUGGUAUGUAAAAUUUAAUAAUAUUUUAUUUAUUAUCUCUUAUCUUCAUAUUCAUAUUAUAUUUCUUCUUGAUCCAUUAAAAGAUCAAAAGAAAAGAUUUUCUUUUAUUAGACUACUAAUUAUUUAUAAAAAAACUUUAUAAUGUAUAUACUUAUAUUCAUGGUUUCAUAAAUAACUUUUUGAUGAAGUAAAUUGUACAUAAAUUCUGAAAAAUUACUUAUUAGCUAAUUGAAAUAAAAAAAAUAAAAUUCAUAUAGCUAUAUUUAUAAUUCAAAAAGAGCAAAAAUAUCGGUUUGCAACGAGAAUUGCAAAUCAGUUGUGCAAGCAAUCAUUUUGUGACUUGACGUAUGUAAAUGAAGUAGAGGGCCACAAAUUUGUUAACCAAAAUAAGGCUAAUUAGAAAUCAGUUUCCAACCGAUCGUAUGCAGCUAUGCUUGCAUAUUUCAACUUAAGUUGCACAGUUCCAUUUGUAUAGUAUUAUUUUAUAAACAACAUAAAAUAUUAAAAUGAUUGAUCAAAUAAAUAACAUUAUAUUUGUUGAAGGGGUGGAAAAACGAGAUCCUUAUUAUUUCUAUUAAUAUUCUCCUUCAGCAGAAACACGUUCUCUCAUACUUGCAUAAGGGUAGUAUAAUUUUAUAGUGAAAAAUGAAUAUAAUUAUCAAUUUAAAUUUAUCAAAAAUUGUAUUUUAUUUAAAUGAUUUAUAAUUUCACCCAGGGUGUAUACCUAAAUAACUAUACCUUUCUAACUUCCUACCUACAACAAUGACCUUUUUUUAUAUAUAAUUUUUAAAAUGUCCUCGUGUAAAUAAAUUCCCCUGUAUGUAAAAUAUUCUGUCAUAUAGUUUAAUAAAUUAUUAAAUUAUGAUUAAUUUAAGUAAUUAAUCCCAGUAUAAUAUUCUAUACAUUAUACUUUUUUUUUCAGCUCAAAGAAGCUAUAAUGAAAACUAUGGAAGAUUCUAAAGUUUGUGAAUUAGGGUUUUUUUUUUUUUUAUAUUAAGUCAAUAAAAUAAAUGUGAUUUUACUUUCUAAUGACUAUAUUAUAAAUUAUUAUAUUGUAUAGUUUAAAUGUACAUAUUUUUUUUUAUUCAUAUCCUUGAGAUAUAAUAAGGGUAAUAUAAUUUAAUUUUUGGAUUUCAUUGUAUUUUGAUGUUUUCUGAUUCCAACUUCUUUUUCUCUUGUUGAUAUC